AGUGACUUGUAGCUUGUAGUGCUUACACCAGUGUACUUAGUGACGUUCGGUGCCCAUACAUCAUUUUAAGUCAUCAAUAUACAUACAGUCAAAGUUCAGCGCACCUGUAGUGGAUACUUUCGAAUAUCUAUUUGAGAGCUCAAAGCCAUGUCUCUAAUAACUGUGUCGGAAGUGAACAACUUAUCCGAAGAACAAUUUGAGUGGAUGUUCGGAAAUGUCAUAGAGCUGUGUACGGAAGCAGCGGGCCGAGUGAAGACGAAACGGCCAUUUGCGAGUGUGGACGAACUGUGCGAGGCCUUCGCAAAGUAUUUGGAUGAGAUUUCUGAAAACGAAAAGCUAGUCGUCCUAAAACUGCACCCAGACCUGGCCGGUCGAUUAGCGGCGCGAGGCGAGUUAACCCCGAGUCGACCGCUGAGCAGCGCGCGGCGGGGCUUGACCGCCUCUCGGCGGAGCAGGUCUCGCUCAUUGCAGAAACGACAAGUAUGCUUCACUUACACUUGUAGCGUUCAUCUAAAACUGCACCCGGAUGUGGCCUGUCGACUAGCGGCGAGAGGUGAGCUGACUCCCGAGUUGACCGCUGAGCAGCGCGCGGCGGGGGUUGACCGCCUCUCGGCCGAGCAGGUCUCGCUUAUAGGCUACAGGAAUGAGAAAUACAAAGCCAAGUUUGGCUUCCCCUUCAUCAUAUGCGCGAGAGAGAACAAAGUUGACUCCAUAAUCGACGGCUUACAGAAGCGAUACACCAACACCCGGGCCCAGGAGAUACUGACCGGGAUCGAGGAAGUCAAGAAAAUAUGCAAAUUGAGGAUCCUCGACAUCGUCAAACAAGAAUUAAUAUAGGCAUAAAUUAAAUAUAACAAGAUCAUACCAUCCCAUACAUUAAAAUGCGACCGCCUACGAACGCGCUUACACUCCACCACACAUAGAUGGCGCC